AUGCAUUUGUUGGAUCCUUCCAAGUGGCCCCUCCCCCAAAGUAAACCUGCAACCCUGCCCGACAAACGCACUUUUGCUCCCCGGAGAAGUUACAAACAGUUUCUGCAACAACACUCACCAUGGCUGACUGUGGAUGCUCUACUUCUGGCACUUGCAACUGUGGCUCCGGCUGCACUUGUGCCAACUGCCCUCACAAAUAAAAUAAAUGCCGCUUGGCUCCGUCCGAGUCGAUCCUCUUGGCUCGUUGGCGGAUCGAGGACGGAUGUGUCAAAGCAUGUUUUUUUCUGGCUUGGUCUAAGCAUUGAUUUAUCUAUGUUCUCUAGGGGUGUUGAACAGGCUGGAUGGGCACGACCAACCACUACCUUGGGCAGAGGUCGAUUCGUUUAUUCCGGCGGUUGA